AUGGGCACUUGGGGUGGAGAUGGGGAGACCUCAGCUUGUAAACAUCCCCAUUUCAUGACACGUACCACACAGCAUAGCAGCACUGAGAGUGACUUGGUGAUACCCCAAAACAUAGAUGGACACUUGUACUUGCAAGGGAUUUUUGUGAACCAAAGCCUGGCACUAGGGAAAAUUCGCUGCUUUGGUUUUGACAUGGACUACACUCUGGCUGCCUACAAGUCCCCGGCCUAUGAGGUACUAGCCUUUGAGCUGCUGCUGGAACACCUGGUGUGCAUUGGGUAACAUGAGAUCCUGCGCUACACUUACGACCCUACCUUUCCCACCAGGGGCCUGGUGUUCGAUGCACUCUACAGGAACCUGCUGAAGGUGGAUGCUCACGGGAAUGUGCUGCUGGGCAUCCACGGCUUCACCCUCUUAUCUGAGGCCGAGAUCUGGAGCUUCUACCCCAGUGAGUUCAUUCAGAGGGACGACCUGCAGAGGUUCCACAUCCUCAACACACUCUUCAACCUGCCUGAAACCUACCUGUAUGCCUGCCUGGUGGACUUCUCCAGCUGCUCCCGCUAUACCAACUGCGACACUGGCUAUCAGCAUGGGAACCUCUUCGUGUCCUUCCGAAGCCUCUUCCAGGAUGUGACCGAUGCCAUGAAUAAUGUCCAUGAGUCGGGCUGUCUCAAGGAGAAGACCCUGGAGGACUUGGAUAAAUACGUGGAGAAGGAUGUGUGAAUCCCCAUCCUGCUGGGCAAGAUGAAGGAGGUUGGGAAAGUGUUUCUGGCCACCAACAGUGGCUACAACUACACUGAUGCCAUUAUGACCUACCUGUUUGGCAUUGGUGAGGUGGGGGCCCCAGCCAGGCCCUGGAGGUCCUAAUUUGACCUGAUUAUAGUGGACACACAGAAGCCCCGAUUCUUUGCAGAGGGAACGGUACUGAGGCAGGUCAACACGGACUCAGGGAAGCUCCAUGUGGGCACCUACACCGGGCCUCACCAGCACUGUGCUGUCUACUCUGGAGGCUCUUCAGACGUGGUGUGUGAGCUGCUCGGGGUGCAGGGAAAGGACAUCUUGUACAUUGGGGACCACAUCUUUGGUGACAUCCUCAAAUCCAAGAAGCAGCAGGGCUGGUGGACUUGUCUGGUGGUUCCUGAGCUGUCUCGGGAGCUGGGCAUCUGGGCCCGGGAGAAAGACCGGUUGGAGGAGUUGCAGAGGCUGGACAUGCGCCUGGCUGACCUGUACCAGCACAUGGAUGGGAGUUGUGGACUACAAGUCAUCAACUCUACCAAGAGGGAGAUUCAGAUGCCGCAUGAAUCACUUGUGGAGCAAGACCAGGACAAUCUGGAGUCCACCUUCAGCCUUCUUUCCAGGGCAGCCAGAGGGAACAGCUACUUACUAAACAAGAAAGUUACUGAGUACCGUUGA